AUGCUGGGAGGAACCUUCACUGACAUUGCAAUGUGGGUCUUCUACCCAUUCAAUGGCUCUUCAAGAGCAAAAGUUAAGUUUAUUUCUUUUCUAUUGGGGAAAAUCGGUGAACAUGUUGGGGACUGGGAGCAUGUGACACUAAGGUUAAGCAACUUUAGUGGUGAACUAUGGCAGGUCUAUUUCUCACAACACAGCAAAGGUACAUGGGUUGAUUCCUCUCAGAUUGAGUUCCAGAGUGGUGGCAACAAACCACUAUUCUACUCUUCCUUACAUGGCCAUUCAACAUACCCACAUGCUGGCCUUAAUCUGCAAGGGGAAGAUAACAUAGGCAUAAGGGAUGAUACUGUUAAAGGUAACAUUUUUAUGGAUAUGGGGACAUUUGAAUUAGUUUCUGCUAAAUAUUUGGGUUCUGCGGUUAUAGAGCCUCCAUGGCUGAAUUAUUUCGGAGACUGGGGUCCUAAAAUUGAUUAUAACAAAAAUGCUGAGCUGAAGAAGAUUCAGAAGUUCGUUCCUAAGAAUAAAAAUUGUGCUUUGGAGAAGAUUUUGAGGAGUUUGCCAUGUGAGGUGCUGGGAGAGGAAAGCCCCACUGGACCAAAGGUCAAGAAUGAUUGGUGUGGAGAUGAAAUUUGA